GAUAACUCCGCGGAAGUGGGAGCGGGUACCUGUCAACUCCCCAAAGGUCCGCAGUCUCUGGUAAUCUCCUUUACUGUCUGCAGUCUCUGGUCAUCCCCUGCACUGUCUGCAGUCUCUGGUCUUCUGUACUAUGUCCGCAGUCUCUGGUCAUUCCCUGUACUGUGUCCGCAGUCUCUGGUCAUUCCCUGUACUGUGUCCGCAGUCUCUGGUCAUUCCCUGUACUGUGUCCGCAGUCUCUGGUCAUCUCCUGUACUGUGUCCGCAGUCUCUGGUCAUUCCCUGUACUGUGUCCGCAGUCUCUGGUCAUUCCCUGUACUGUGUCCGCAGUCUCUGGUCAUCUCCUGUACUGUGUCCGCAGUCUCUGGUCAUCUCCUGUACUGUGUCCGCAGUCUCUGGUCAUCUCCUGUACUGUGUCCGCAGUCUCUGGUCAUCUCCUGUACUGUGUCUGCAGUCUCUCGGUCAUCCCCUGUACUGUCUGUCGUCUCUGGUCAUCCCCUGUACUGUCUGCAAUCUCUGGUCAUCCCCUGUACUGUCUACAGUCCCUUGGUCAUCCACUGUACUGUCUGCAGUCUCUUGGUCAUCCCUUGUACUGUCUGCAGUCUCUUGGUCAUCCCCU